AUGUCUCUCAACCUUGAGAAACAGCUUACCUUUUACGGAGCCUACCAUCACAAUCCUACAAAUGUUUUCAUUCAUAUGAUAUGUGUGCCAUUGAUUCUGGCCACCAGCCUGUUCCUUUGCUCCAACAGUCCCACAUUGAUACCUCUGCCAUCAUGGCUUACUAUUCCAAAUUUACCUUUGAACUUUAGCACAAUCGGAUCAAUAUGCUAUGGCGGUUUUUACAUCCUUCUCGAACCGGUCGCAGGCAGUAUCCUUCUCCCAUUCAUCAUCGGAUGGACCGCAUUCUCAAAUCAUAUCCUUGCUACGUCUUCAAAUGUUACUUUGGCAAACCAAAUCGCUGGUGCUGUAUUCUUUGUUUCGUGGAUUAUGCAAUUUGUAGGCCAUGGUGCUUUCGAAAAGCGUGCCCCCGCAUUACUCGACAACCUCGUACAAGCUUUAGUCCUCGCUCCAUUCUUCGUAUUUAUGGAGUUGCUAUUUAUCUUCGGAUACAGACCAGAAUUGCAAAAAAGGAUCGAUGUUGCAGUUGAAAAAGAGGUCGCCAAAUUCAAAGCUGCGCAGUCGAACGGUAACAUUAAGAACGGCAAAGCCAAUUGA